GCGACGCGCUCCGCCUCCUGGCGCGGCGGCGGCGGGCACUGGAUGGGGCCGCUGGGGACGGCGGCCGUGCGGGACCCCGGCGGCGCCGCGCUGCCCCGCGGCUUCUGGGCGGCCGUGCGCGUGUGGCUGGAGAAGCCGCAGGUGGCCAACAGGCGACUGAGCGGCGCCGCGGUCCAGGCGGAGGGGACGGUGCCGCUCGGCGACAGCGGGGAUAUACCGCCAUCCUUCGCUACCGCGGGGGCAGGCGGGGGCGGCGGCGGGCAGGACCGCGGCCGGCCCGCCGCGCCCCCCGCCCGGGAGCUGGUGCUGCAAGAUGUUUACAAUGGAACUGUGACCUUUCUGCCUUUGGAGGAAAACACUGAAGGAAAAUACCUGGUUAAAAAGUGCAAUAUUUAUCAAAUUCAACUUAAGCACAUAAAAGAUGAGGAAUGGUCUAUAUCUGUUGUAGCUCCAUUUCCAGAAGAUUGGUUUUCAGAUGGAAUUGUGUACCCCAAACUAGCAUGGCUUGGAAAUGAACUUUUGUCCAAACUGGCUAAAUGGUCUGUGGAGCAAAAGCCCAGUGAAUUUAAAAAUACACUCUCACUCAUUUCAGUAGCAAAAUACAGCAAGGUUUAUCAGGACCUCAAAGAAAAGUACAAAGAGAUGGUAAAGGUGUGGCCUGAAGUGACAGAUCCUGAGAAAUUUGUUUAUGAAGAUGUUGCCAUUGCCACUUACUUGCUGAUUCUUUGGGAAGAAGAGAGAAAAGAAAAAGGGUUGACCAAGAAACAGUCAUUUGUAGAUCUUGGAUGUGGAAAUGGUUUGCUGGUUCAUAUUCUAAACAAUGAAGGGUAUCCAGGAAGAGGAAUUGAUGUGAGGAGAAGAAAAAUAUGGGACAUGUAUGGACCAGAGACGCAUUUAGAGGAAGCUACAAUCAUUCCAGGUGACACUCAUCUCUUUCCAGACACUGACUGGCUCAUAGGAAACCAUUCAGAUGAAUUAACACCAUGGAUACCUGUAAUUGCAGCUAGGUCUUCCUAUUCAUGUUGUUACUUUGUGCUGCCAUGCUGCUUCUUUGAUUUCCAUGGAAAAUACAGCCGAAGACAAAGCAAGAAAACUCAGUACAGAGAAUAUCUUGAUUUUGUUGCCCAGGUGGGAUUUGUAUGUGGCUUUCAUGUGGAAGAAGAUUGCCUUAGAAUUCCGUCAACAAAAAGGGUCAGCUUUGUUGGGAAAAGCAGGACCUAUCCAGCUGCAGAAGGUGCUCUGAUUGACAAGCAGAUAACACAGUUCAUUAACAGCCGUCGGACCUGUGCUGUGGCCACGUGUGACAGAAGGGUUGGGUUUAACCAUGAGCAUCACUGUGGUGGUCUGUGCAAAGAGGCAGGCUCAGAGCCUCCUGAAGAUGAGACUCAGACAGCUGGUACGACUUGGAUGCCUGGAUUUCAACCCAGAGAAAAAGUAGAGCAAGUCAGAAAUUGUGCUUCCCUCCCUCGGGACUUUGUAGAUGAAGUGGUUCUCAAUGUGGCAAACUUGCUGUUAAGUGCAGCCCCCCAGAAAUCAUGUUCUGAUGAGCAGGGUGGAAAUAUGAACACCUGGAAUCAAGGAGAAAGUCUUUCCUUGAGAGAAGUGGCAGAACACUUGGAUAAAGAGAUUUUAAAAAAGCUGAAAAGUGAAUAUGGAGGCCUGCAGACGCUACUCAAGAACAAUCAUCAAGUAUUUGAAGUUCUGAAUGGGAGAGUUCAUAUUCGUGACUGGAGAAAAGAGAAACCACCAAGUAAAACUAAACCUGAAGUGAAACGACGCCUUUCAGCUGAAGCAUUUAAAACACGCCUCUGUUGGUUUUUCAUUCAUCAUCCUGAUGGUUGUUCUUUACCUUCUGAAGCUUGCCCAUAUGCCCAUGGGACUGAGGAGCUAAGGCAGUCUCAAAUGAUUAAAAAGAAAAAACAUAUACAGUAAUAAAAUGUUGCAACUUGUGUUUAGGUUUAUGUGCAUAACAGAAUCUAUGACUGACUUUGGGACUGCCUAGUGUGUGAACACCUGUACAAAUGGAGGGAUUUUCCUCUUUUCUGUGCAUCUUAUUUUGCAGUUGGUUUACAAGUUCUCCUGUAUUUCUAAUUCUUUAUUUUUUUAUGAACAAGUAAUAGGUAUAGUAAAGUACAUGUAUAUUUUUGGAUUUGUCACAGCUUGUCUAGCAUACAUUUGUAUAACUAGAAAAGUUUAAAAA